GUAGAAGGAGAUGCCCAAGUCCAACAACGCAACGCAUAUAUACAUACAUAUAUCUCCCGCACGCCGUCCAAUGGGGAGGGGGAGCCAGAUCACCGGGGGCGGGGAGAGGAAGCUCAGGCUGUUGUGCCUCCAUGGCUUCCGAACCAGCGGCGAAAUCAUCAAGAAACAGGUCACCGGAAAAUGGCCCGACUCCGUGCUUCAGAAACUAGAUCUUGUUUUUGUGGACGCCCCCUUUCCGUCCCAGGGGAAAUCCGAUGUUGAGGGAAUAUUCGAUCCUCCCUAUUACGAGUGGUUCCAAUUCAACAAGGAAUUCACUGAAUACCAGAAUCUUGAUCAGUGUUUGGCUUACAUAGAAGAUUGCAUGAUAAAGAACGGCCCAUUUGAUGGUCUUCUUGGCUUUUCACAGGGGGCAAUUUUAUCAGCUGGGAUUGCUGGAUUACAAGCGAAUGGAGUGGCUCUAACUAAGGUACCAAAGAUAAAAGUGUUGGUGAUAAUCGGGGGAGCAAAAUUCAGGGCGCCCUCUGUGGUUGAGAAGGCAUAUUCGUCGCCAAUUCGAUGCGCUUCUGUGCACUUCUUAGGAGAUCAAGACUUCUUGAAGCAGUAUGGCACACAACUCCUAGAAUCUUUUGUGGAUCCCCUCGUCAUUCGGCAUCCCAAGGGCCAUACAAUCCCGCGAUUUGACGAGAAGGGGUUGGAGAGCAUGCUUGGGUUCAUCCAAAGGGUGCAAGCGGAUAUUCUUGCCCAGGAGAAAGAACAAGAAAAAGAGAAAGAGGAGGAACAACAACAGAUGUUUUUGGCAGCAGCAGAUUAAUUAAAUUGUUUCCUACCAUUCCAUUUUGGAAUUUACUACUACUAGUAUUUAUUUAUUUGGUUGUUUAGAUGAAGAUAUGAUACGAUAUGUUUCGACUUUCAAAAGAAUAUUUGCAGAAUUCAAUUAUGUUUAUAUAGCAGCAGAUUUUGGUGCCCCAAAUAUCAAUUUUGGGAAAUGCGCCACGACUGGA